AUGGAUGACUCUACGACUGCCAUGGAGACCGAUCCGACGCCGGACAAUGACUUUGCGCAUUCUCCCUGGGUCGAACUGGGCUCGUUUGCCUCCCCACAUAGUUCACCCCCAUUGCCUGAAUAUACCGGCUUUGACUUUGGCGCCUCGAAUCUGAUGGCCGUGGACGCCACCUAUGGAAUGUCGAUCCCCCCACCCUACGCUUCCAUGCCUCUCCCCAUGCCGUCCCACGCAUGGCCUAGUAUGCUCACGCAUCACUCGGCAUUUUCGGAGGUGGGACUGCCCCCGGCCUCUGUACCGACUUCGGUUUCACCCUCGGCACCAGUCCCUCCGAUUCGAAAGACUUCAACGGGGGGUUCCACCCCGAGAAGAACUCUGACCGAUGAAGAUCGACGCCAGAUGUGCUUGUAUCACGAAGAGAACAAGCAGGCCAAGCAGACUGACAUUGGAGCAUUGUUUGGAGUCGAAAGAAGUACUGUAUCCAAGGUUCUACGUCAGAAAGAGAAAUACCUGAACCCUGAUGAUGGGAAUCGAUCGCCCAUCAAGCGAGCCAAGGGCCGAGUUCCCGAUAUCGAAAAGGCGCUGUCAAACUGGGCGAGAAACUAUCAACGCCAAGGCUUUCCUCUUAGCGACGAGAUGAUCCGGGAGAAAGCGCGCUUUUUCGCCAGCACUUGCGGAUGUCCCGAGAGCAAGGAGAAAGUAUUGACCGCGAGCUGGCUGGAGAGGUUCAAGCAGAAAAACAGCCUCGUCGGCGCAAAAUCCCGAAGAGGGUCCACGGACCGCAAGGGUGUCCGAAGCAGCUCCAACAGUCCGAUUCGCAUCAACACUGGCUCCGCCACCGACUCUACGAUCCAAAGCCCCGGAGCUCGUUCACCCAUCUCAUCGCAUGGAUUCGGCUCGCCCCUCUCUCCAACCCACAGCAGCGACGGGCUGAAGCUCGAGGUGAAUGAUGAGUUGCCCGAAUUGACGGGGGGUGUUCAGCGCUUGUAUUCCAAGAAUACCACCAUGUUGGAUACAACGUCCUGUUCGGUCAUGACCAGUCCUACGUCGACUCUGGUGUCCGAAAGUCCUUUCACGCCCACCAACCAAUAUCGUCUGCCAUCGGGUCCCAUGGGCAAUCGACCACGUAGUCAGACUUUACCCCUCGUCCCGAUUGAUCCCAGCCUGUUGGCCACCGAUGAGUCCCAGUCCAAGUCUGAGCACCUCAAGGGACUGACCAUCCUGGAAUCGCCUUUGGAGCUGGAUGAUCAUGAGUCCCACUCGGCAAUUCGUGGAAUCGAUCCGUCCAAAAUGAUGAGGCGUAAUCACAGUGACUCGGAGAUCAAGACGGAAUCCAAGCAGCGGUCGCAAUCCUUCUCCAAGUCAUCAAACAAUGUCUCUCCGACAACCACCACCGCCGCUCCUGACUGUCCCACUCAGGUUGAGGCCCGACAAGCCCUUGAGCUGGUCAUGAAUUAUUUCGAACAUCAGCCCGCGGGACUCGCGGCGCAGGAAUAUGUCACUAUUGGCAAGCUGAUGGAACGUCUGGAGCUGGCCAACAGUCAACACAACACUAUGCUCGGGGGGCUGACAAGGAUUGAUGAACACGGUGAUGCGCCUCAGGUCACCAAGAAACGAAGCAUCCAAAACAUUGGAUAA